UCAGUCGGCUCCACAUUUCAUAAUUACCAAAUCCAAUUUUCCAACCCAUAUAAACCCCCCUCGUCGCACUCUCCAUAAGCGGCGCACGGUAUCAUCGAUUACCCUAAAAUCACAGAAUGGCAACUCGUCCUCCAUUGAAAACCUGCGAUCUGGAAAUCACCAUCGUCUCCGCCAAGCACCUGAAGAAUGUGAAUUGGCAUCACGGUGAUCUCAAACCCUAUGUCAUCUUUUGGGUCGACCCGGAUCAACGUCGCGCCACACAAGCCGAUGAUUCGGGCAAUACCCGACCCGUUUGGAACGAGCGAUUCGUCCUCCAUCUUCCUCAUUUCUCUCCUCCUCAGGAUAAUAUUCUCACUCUCGAGAUCUUCCAUUCAAAACCUUCAGAGACUCCCAAACCCUUAGUCGGUACACUUAGGGUUCCAUUGAAGGAAGUGGACGAUUCCAACAAACUCAGGACUUUUGAGCUCCGACGACCCUCCGGUCGUCCUCAUGGUAAGAUCCGACUCAAGCUCGCUAUUCGCGAAUCUCCAACUCAAGAUUACCAAAUACCCCCUCCUUCUAGCUAUUAUUACCCUCCUCCUCCCCCUUCCUAUAGAACAACAACAUUUCCUUCUUCUCCAUACCCCUCACACCCUCCUCCUCCACCUGCUUCUCCAUCACCACCGCCUACUUCUUAUCCAUACGGAGGAUACUCUGAUCCAUAUGCUAGUUACUACCCUGGGGGGUAUUACUCUCAGCCUCCCCCUCCUCCACGACCAUUUGUUGACCGGCAAUCUAGCUAUGGCGGUAUGGGGUCGAGGCCGAGCGCACCUGUUGAUUAUCCUCCUUAUGAUCAAAAGCGUAGUGGAAAGAUGGGAGGAGUGGGCUCCGGAUUGGCAGUUGGAGCAGUGGCUGGUGCACUUGGAGGAUUGGCAUUAGGGGAAGGAAUUAAGUACGAGGAAGACAAGAUUGCAGAGAGAGUUGAAAACAACAUAGCACCCAGGGAUGAUUACAGCAAUUACAGUGUUGAAUAUUGAUAUGUUUCUUACUGGAUGAGCUUCUACACUAAUGGGUAAUCUUGUGUUAUUUUACUAUUUGAUGGUGUAUUUGUAUAUAAAGGUUGUUCAUUUUCAAUGACCUUGUCUUAAUGGUGGUUUGAAGAUGAAUUAUGUUAAUUCAGCUGCGUAAGGUUGUUGGCCGUUUAAAGUUUCUUCUAUGAAGGACUCUACUGGUAUAUAUGUAAUUCUACUAAAGAAUAAGUUCACUUAUGAAAAUUGCCGAAACUAUGGAUGUCCUCGUAA